AUGUCUGGGCGUGGGAAGGGAGGCAAGGGGCUCGGUAAGGGCGGGGCGAAGCGGCACCGGAAGGUUCUGCGAGACAAUAUCCAAGGUAUCACCAAGCCUGCUAUCCGUCGCCUGGCGAGGAGGGGCGGCGUUAAGCGCAUCAGUGGGCUCAUCUACGAGGAGACCAGAGGAGUGCUCAAGAUCUUCUUGGAGAACGUCAUCCGCGACGCUGUUACGUACACGGAGCACGCCCGCAGGAAGACCGUCACCGCCAUGGAUGUCGUCUACGCGCUCAAGAGGCAGGGCCGGACUCUGUACGGCUUCGGUGGUUAG